AUGAAUUCUGUAAUAAACUCCGCCCCAAAGACCUCGCACAAGCAAAACGACCCGGUCCCAGUUGCCUCGAUGGUUGUGGCCAUGGCCACUAAUGGAAUGCCUCACAUCGCCCCGCCCUCGCCGGAAUCGACAACCCCCGUAAACUAUAACUAUUGGGAGAAUGGCAGAGAAUACCAUGGAUUUUCACCGGGCAAAUAUUUGUUUCCAUGCGACGAGGUAAUUUCGGGAUUCCCCACGACAUCUGCGGCGCUUCUAGAGCACAGAGAGUAG